AUGUAUGGUCCGAAAGCCAAACCACCAGAUAAUACGGUCGACAAGGCAGUAUGGACGGAGGAGAGCGGCGCGGCGCGGCUGGAGGCGGUGCUGGUCGCGCUCGUGGAACGCAAGGCGCGCGCGCUCCAUGCGGAGCAGACGAGGCGGCGCGCGCGCACGCAUCCACUCCUGUUGUUGCUGCGAGAUCCUUUGCCCGACGAGGAGGCAUCGAUCAUUGGCAGUCCGGGCGAAGAGUUACCAUCGCACUGGUGUGAACAUGAAAUCGCUAGACACAAGCGUAAAAAACUUAAACUGCAAACCAGACGAAGAGACAUGCAGAUCCCCGAGCAGUUAGAACUGGAGCGGCGCCGUCGGAGACGCCGGCGCAGCCCGCACGUUCACGGACAAAAGCCGAAGAAACAUCGCACGCUGCUCGUCUCCGCUAUCGACGAACAAGCUAAAGUCAUACAUGUCCUUGAUCCUGACGAGCUGCCCCGCCGAGCUCGGUACACGAUCAUGGUGACGGCGUGUCUCUUGCUCUUCUUAUGUCUACUGCUGGUUGGAGUCACGCUGCGGAUGGCACCAUUAAUUGACGAUAUGGUUCGCCAGGAGAACGAGCGCAUGAUGCACGACGUCCUCCAGGCGGGAGUCUUAAAUCGCACCCAGUCGUCGGCGUUGCGCUGACGCCGCGCUACUCGCCGCGGCCGCGCCUCGACAACGUGCGGCCCGCCGCCGCGCCGCCCGAGGAGCCCGCCGAGCCGGACCCCGAGCCGUCCAGCACGGCCGAGCCGCCCGAGCCGCUGGCGCCGCUCCGCCUCGCGGUGAGCGCAGCUCCGGCGGGCCCCACGUGAGCCCAUCCGCCACGGCCAGCUGCCGCGACCGCCGCCGUGACAUACACGUACCCACAGCUGUGACGCCUAGGUAUGUGAACUGAGAGAAUAAGAAUAGACAUAGAUAAGUUACUCGUUCGCGAAUUGAGAAUUUGAGAGUGACGAAAUGGACGUGUAGGUAGCCAAUGUGAAAUUGUGAACAAAUAGUAAAGAAUGAAAAUGUUAUUGUUGAAACGUAUCGGAUAGGAUGUAAAAGACAGCAAGUCAAUAAUCCACGAUAGUUAUUAAAUAUGCAAUUGUCUUAUAUGUUAAGCCUACGUUAUGUGGAACUAAAGGAAGAAAUAUAAUUUGCAAAUUUAACAUCACCUGUAUUUCGCACAGAAAUUAAAUAUGAAUGAUUAAAUUAUAAAGCUAAGAAGCUCAUUAACGAUAUGUGUCUGUCAGAGAACUGUGCAAGAGGUUGCGGUUAGAAUGUUGGAUGUUUGGAAGUAUGAUAGCAUAACUGUAAUGCGACACAUAAUAUAAAAGUACCAACUUCAAACGGGAACAAUCACCACUACAAUAAGAACAAGUUAGAUUUCUUUCUUUAUUUUGAUAUAAAGUUAAAAUUAAUGUUAAUAUUUGCUGGUGUGGAAAUAGUGCCAUUAUAAUGCACAAUGAAGUAAUAUAAAGCCCGCAUGUAUAGAUAACUCCUCUAGCUAUCAAACAAGACGAUGAAUUUAAUAGUAAACUUUAAUGACGUAUGUACAACUAAAAAUUAAAGCCUAUAAUUUUAAUCAAGGAGCACAAUAUAGUAUUAUUUUCUUAAUCACAGUACAACACACUAAUGUAUCUAAUAUUCUUACUGUAUACCAUACAAGUUUAUAUUUCACUAAGUGAGUCUUAACUGAGCUUGAGCACAAUAAUUUUGAGUUACUACUUACUGUUAAUAUUGAACUCCCAAUUGUUCAACUCUAAUCAAGAGCUUUCGAAACUGCGCUUAAAAUAUUGAAAAAAAAAUCUGUUAAAAAUAAGAGCUUUUUGUAUAGUAGUUGUUGUAGUAUUAUUCUUACGACAAGAAAAUUCUUGUAAGUAAAAUAGAGGUGCAAAAAUCAGUGUCGUUCGCUACGAUGGAUCUGUCGUAUUUAAGUAUUGACUUGAAUGCAGUGACGCGAGCGGUUAGGUAGAAUAUGUAUUAUAUGAAAUAUGUUAGCGUUCCUGAGCGCAGAGCGCGCACUUCACGCUUCAGCCUGUAUCACGACGAUUAACGGCACUUGUAACACGUGUAUGUGUGUGUGAGCGAAACAUAUAAUGUUACACCAUCGCCUUUAUUACAUAACGCAUGGCUGUAAUGACGUACGACGUUCAUGUUAUUUAAUUAAUUUACGCGAAGAGAUUCCAUUUUUCUUGUAAUAAUGCAGAUUGUAAAUAUUUGUUGCUAUCUGUUUUACAAUUUAUUUCAUUAAAUAAUAAACGUUUUAACACUAUUUACAUUAUUUUAUAAAGGCGUGAUUUCUAGUCAGUCAAGAUCCAAGUUUUUCAGACUGAAGUGUAGUGCGCGCUACAGCCUACUCAGUGGUUUCUUUCUAUCGACAAAGUGGUUUAAAUUAUGUAUUCAUAUACCUUCAGAUCAUACAGGCUAAUCGUUAUUGCGUUCACAAAUAUGUGUCUCCAUUGCUUAUUAAUCAGAUUCAAAGGGGAUUAUGUCAAUACCAUAUUAGUUAUGUAUCAUAUGAUAUGUCGUAAUUAACAAUAUCCUUCAAUAUUUCAGUCACGGCUAUCGAUCCCUGCGUCGUAUAUUAUUUAUUAUGUAUAUUUACGAGGACUUUCCCUCAUUUAUAUUGAUUAUACAGCCCUAAGGAUCAAUGUAAAUGUCCUACUGAGAUCCGUCCAGUAGAUUUUCUGCGCCUACACAAUAAAUGCGUAAGACAUGUCUUAAUUCUUACCCAGAAUUAAUUAAUUCUGAAAGGCGCAAAUUCUCCCUUCAAUUUCGUAUCCUGGCCGCAAUAACAUUAAAUGAAACCACCCAUUUUCACUAAAACAUCGUGUGUCAAUAUUCUCUGCAGUUUGAAAAUUCCCCGUUUAAAAAACAUAGAUCAACUUUGUAGGACAGGUUGCGGAGUUUGGUUAUUCUAUUUAACAUCCUUUACGUGAAGCCGGGGAUCGCUAGCGAAUAUAAUCCGGAUUUAUGUAACAACCGAACGAUAUUGAACAUGAUUUUAAUCUUAAACUAGUCGACUUGGGUCGAAUCUAAUUUAUUAUUCAGUAAUAAUUAAUUAAACUUCCACUUUGCGUAUCUAAAUCGUACGAACUUUACAUACCAAUUAUUUGUGUUAUGAAGAUAGCUCGUAUUUAAAUGUGGAUUUUAUACAGAAAGCCGCGAUGUUGGUAGAAAGAAAACAUUGGGUGAACAUUGCUGUUCCCUGUUACGAAUAUGUAAUAAUGUUUAAUGUGAGCUAGGCGUGUGUGUCCUCUACAUAGUGCUAAUUUUCAGUCUGUCGUUAAUCGCUCUGUUUGCAUCGUAAAUAUAUUUUUACGAAUUAAAUCAUCAUGGCUGUGUAUUUGUUAGCGGUACGUGUGUAAGCAUGCAAACGGCACGCUAACAAAGAGAAUCCCUAGAUUGCGACAGUCUGCAAAUCUGUCCCGUGUCGGAGCAAGGCUAACGCUGUGCAACUACUAGUUACGAAUAUGUGUAUCGACAAUUAAAUGUGUAAUAUUAGUUUAAUUGCGAUUCGCAUCCCCUCCCAUCCUCGUGUGAUACGAUAUGCUACGUGUUCAAAUGUUAUCGUUUGAUUAUCUCUAAGAUAUCGCCACUGAGCGAGAACUGUCAAUGCAUUAAUUUGGCUAUACUAGAGAUCAAUUCCAAAUAUUAAACAGGACCUAUUAACGUAAUUAGUGUUAGAGGGAGAUACAAAGAAUUUUAUAGUUGUUUGUUGUAAAUGUCAGUUUUAAUUAAUCUAUUUUACAGAACAAAAUGUUUAAUAAAAUAUCUUUAUAAAAUAA